UCUCUAUCUAUAUUCAAUAAUAAUAAUGCAUAGUUGUUUAACACUUGUGGAUUAUACAUGGAAAGAUAGUGAAGAAAGUGGUAGAUCAUCACCGAAAUAUACAAAUAAUAAUAAUAAUGAUCAUAUUUAUCGUCUACGACGUACAGCUAAAUCAUUAGAUGGUGAUACAACAAUGAAUUCAUCAUUAAAUCAAAAUAAUAAUAAUAAUACAAUACAAUUAACUGGAACAAAUAGACAUUUAAAUGAUAGAAUAAAUCAUUCAUUUAUACAAAUGACAAAUAGGAAUUCAACACAUCAUCAUCAUCAUCAUCAUCAUCAUAGUUCUAUGCUUUUAUUGAAUAAUAGACGAUUACCAAUUUAUGCUACAACUAAACGAUUACUUAAAAGACCAGAUCGUAUAUGGGUACCAGUAGGACAUUGUCGUUAUUUAUUAGAAAGAGAUUUACAUACAGGUGAAAUACAAUGGAAUCCUGAAGGUAAUGAAAUUAUUUGUACUCCUAGAAGUUUGGCAGAAAUUUGUAUGGCACGUUUAAUUCGUGAUUGGCCAUGUAUGCUACCUACUCGACGUUCAUCAUUACGUAAUAUAGUUAGUUACUUAUUUAGUUCUCGUGAUCUACAAUCAAAUCCUACACAGAAUUUUCCUACUUCAUCGACUACAUCAAUAGAAACAUCAACUUCAGGACCAAGACGAUCAGCAAGUGUGUCAUCACGUGAACCUCGAUGUAAAACUGAUCGUUGUAAAUCUCAAAAUAGAAAACGUAAACAAAAACAUUCAUUAAAUAAUAAUCAUGAUGAUGAUGAUUAUGAUGGUGAUAAUAAUAAUAAUAAAGAUAUACAUAAAACUAAUAAUCAUUGUAUAAAUACACCUCCAUUAACAUGUCAUGAUCUACCAGUUACUGUAUUAAUUAAUUUAUUAUCUGAAGCAAUAUUACAAAGAGAUUGUUCAGCAAUAACUGGUAUCAUAGCAAAUUGGCCAUGUGAACAAUUAAUUAUAAAACAAUUAAUACCAAAUGAAGAAUAUCCACUUAGUUUAAAUUAUAUGACUAAACCAACAUUUGUAUUAGUAAGCCCUGAAAAUGAAUAUGGUAAUCGUAAUACAUUAGUUAAAGGACCAAGUUUAUUAGAUGGAUUUAUAUUAGGCUUUUUAACAAGACAAUCAGGUUGUAAAUUAAAAUCAGUUGAUUUUACUGGAUUUGAAGAAGAUUGUCGUGUAAGUAUUGAAUUAUCUCGAUUGCCUAUUUUAUGGAUGAAACCAGAAAAUCGUAAUUCUGAAAGUGUACGUAGACAUUUGAUGGCUAGUUUACAUAUUGGUAUACCAAGAAAACGUCUUGAAGCUUAUUUUUCUAGAAUAUCUACUAUUUAUGCAUUUCAUGAAGCUGAUAUUGGACAUGGGAAACAAUUUGAUACAGUUACCAUUCAUUUAGAUUGUAACAUGACAGUGGAUGAAGUUGCUCUUGGUUUAUCAUUGCAAACAUUAACACCAUUUCGAUUUUCAUGUAAUCGUUUAUUAUUACAACGAUUACCGGAAAUUAAUUUUCCACCAUAUAGUUUAAUAAGAUUAUUUGAUCCAUUGUCAAUUACACAAUUCGAAUUGGAAGAUCCUACAAUUGGAAGUAGUAUAGCUGUUGUUCUACCAUCUGCUGUUGGUUGGUUAAUUAGUUUACGUAAUUUGAGAGCUUGUUCACUACCGUCCUGUAUACCUCCACCUCCGGAUGUUGUGCCGAAUACACCGACCCCACCGACAUUACCACCAACUAUUGUAGUAUCGAAUACGGGCGGUUUACAAUCAAACUCAUCUCAACAAUCAAAU